AUGGCGGCUUCCUUGCAUCCUGCCCUUUGGGCCUCCAUCUGGCUGGCCGCCGUGCCAUUUGUCUUCUACAUCGCCCUCAUAGGGCUGGGCGUGAUUCCCUUCUUCCAGCGGCACUUCCUAUAUGCGCAUACCAUCAACUCGCUGUUGUGGUCAGAUCUCAAUUCCCCCAUGGGUUGGGGCUUUGCCAAAAAUCAAGUCACCCCUUUCGGACUGCAAACCUCAGAUGGCGAGACAAUCUACGCGUGGCACAUUAUGCCACUGCCUCUCUAUCUGCAACAUGAGACCACAGUGGCAACGCAGGACGUGGGCUUCUGCAGUGACUUUACACAGACCGAGUCAUUUCGAUUACUUUCCAGCGAUCCAGAGGCCAGACUCAUCAUCUCAUGCAACACCAACGCAGGUCACAUCGCCCAAAACACUCGGCCGGCUAGCUAUCAUGCCUUGACUGAUACGUCAUCGUACCACGUUAUAGCCAUUGACUACCGCGGCUUCGGCCAUUCCACCGGCAAGCCCAACGAAAAGGGUCUGAUCCUAGAUGCCGCCGCCGUGGUCGACUGGGCAAUCAAUGUGGCCGGAGUCCCCUCAAAUCGAAUUGUGCUACUCGGCCACAGCCUUGGAACCGCCGUUGCCAGCGGCGUCGCCGAGCGUUACACCCUCCAGGGGAUUGAGUUCGCAGGCAUCGUGCUCGUCGCCGGAUUCAGUGACUUGGCCACAAUGCUCAGCGGCUAUCGUUUUGGAGGAAUCGUGCCCGCCCUUGGGCCGUUUGCCUUCUGGCCCUCCUUCCACCGUGUUCUCGACAGAGUCCUCGUGGACAAGUGGCACUCGGCUAACAGACUCGCCAAUAUUGUCCGCCAUUCGAGGAAGAGGCUGCGAAUAAGCUUGGUGCACGCGAAGAAUGACAAGGACAUUCCCUGGGUAGAGGAUAACAAGCUAUUUCGGGCUGCCGCAGAGGAAGCCGUUGGAAUUCUGAAUGAUGAUGAGUUCAUUUCUUGGAAAGAGACGCGGACGGUCCGGACGAGUAAUGAUUCGUUUGUCACUACGUGGAAAACAGGCGAGGACACUAUCAUUCGCCAAGAGCUGUUUCCCUACGGCGGACACAAUGACAUUUUGGGCUUUGCGCCAGUCAGCUUGGCCAUUAUGAGGUCGUUUGAGCUUGAGGGCACAGCCUACAACUAA